GCACCAUUGCACCGCAACGCGUUCCGGCGGCACUAAGCUUUGCUACCCCAAAUAAUUGCCCGUAUGCACCUUUGAUGCUCCCAUGAAAUAAAGUGUAGACAGACGGCGCAGUUCAGUCAUCCAUUCACCCAUUCCUCACUUCACUCCAGACAACCCGCUGCAUCUUUUUCCACCACCACCCUCUUCUCUCGCGUGUACCUUUAUUUACCUAAUCACACUCGCGGCCGGAAGCUCUUCUUUCUUGUAAUCCUGUCCCUCAUCGAUCUUAAGCGUUACAGUUCCAUAAUGCUCUCCUCACUCCGACCAGUCGCUCGCUCGGCCGUCCGGCGACAAGGACCAUUGUCACAAGCCGUCCGCGCCGUCAACGCCUCGACAUGGGCUCAUGUUAAGGAAGGACCGCCUGAUGCUAUCUUGGGCAUCACGGAGGCGUACAAGAAGGAUCCAUUCCCGGAGAAGAUUAACUUGGGAGUGGGCGCAUACCGUGACGACAAUGGCAAGCCCUACGUCCUUCCCAGCGUGAAAGCAGGAGAAGAAAAGGUGGUGUCGUCAGGCCACGACAAAGAAUAUGCCGGAAUCACAGGUGUGCCUGCUUUCAUCAAGGCUGCGGCCGUUCUGGCGUACGGCCCCGACUCGAAGCCCAUCAAAGAAGAUCGGAUCGCCAUCACACAGUCCAUCUCUGGCACGGGAGCAUUGAGAAUAGGCGGCGCAUUCCUGCAACGUCACUAUCCGGGCGCAAAGGCCAUCUACAUCCCGACGCCGUCGUGGGCCAACCACAAGGCCGUCUUCAGCGACUCCGGGCUCGAGGUCAAGCAGUACAAGUACUACAACAAGAACACCAUCGGCCUGGACUUUGAGGGCAUGGUUUCGGACCUCAAGGCUGCCCCCGAGGGCUCCAUUGUCCUGCUGCACGCCUGCGCCCACAACCCCACCGGCAUUGACCCGACUCCGGAGCAAUGGCGCCAGAUCAGCGACGUCGUCAAGGAAAAAGGUCACUACCCUUUCUUCGACAUGGCUUACCAGGGUUUCGCCUCCGGAGACACCGAUAAGGACGCCUACCCGGUUCGUCUGUUCGUCGAGCAAGGUCACGGCUUGGCUCUGGCUCAGUCCUUCGCAAAGAACAUGGGUUUGUACGGUGAGCGUGUCGGUGCUUUCAGCAUUGUCUGCGAGUCCGCCGAGGAGAAGAAGCGUGUCGAAUCCCAGAUCAAGAUCAUCGUCCGUCCCUUGUACUCCAACCCCCCCAUCCACGGCGCCCGCAUCGCCACCGAGAUCCUCAGCGACCCCAAGCUCAACAAACAGUGGCUCGGCGAGGUCAAGGGCAUGGCCGACCGCAUCAUCAAGAUGAGGGCUCUCCUGAAGAAGAACCUGCAGGAGCUGGGCUCAAAGCAUAACUGGGACCACAUCACCAACCAGAUCGGCAUGUUCGCCUACACCGGUCUGACCCCCGAACAAAUGGAAAAGCUGGCCAAGGAGCAUUCCGUCUACGCCACCAAGGAUGGUCGUAUCUCCGUCGCAGGUAUCACGACCGGCAACGUCAAGAGAUUGGCCGAAGCCAUCUACAAGGUCACCGGUUAGAGGGGUGUUUGUGCGAUUGGGGCGGUCAAGCUGGGCUACGGCAACUGCAACCCAGAUCCGAGGCCCAGCAAGGAACCAAGGUGUUGUAGUUAGGGGCGGAACAAUCGAGAAGGGAAUCCUAGACUGCUUGUAUUUUAUGCCUAUCGGACAUCGGGAUACGGCGAGGGUCUCUCUCACAAACUCUCCAUAACGGAGCGUCUGGGACAGACCAUUGAGCAAAUCGAUCUUGGUCUCUUUAAGCAGAGCUUCUGGCAUAUGGGCGGAGUAGUUCGUUGCACGACAAAAGCAUUAUUCUGCUUGCGAGGUGGCUUUCUCUCACGCGCAUCGUCAAAAGCUGAGUUAGAUAGCAGAAUAGACAAGCUGAGCUCAACCCUGGCAUACACUGAAACAAACGUCAUCUUUGGGAACCAGA